ACAACAGCCAUCUGCGGCUGGUUAAGCGUAUCGCGCACAACACGCAACUGUCAUUCUGAUAUAUCAGGACAUAUAUAUACACAAAGGCACUUUUGUGUCUAUUUCCUGCUACAUUGUGUGCUUUGACACCUAUUUGCGUGGAAGAUUAGUGCUUCAAGCAAGACCAACAAGAGUCUACUUUCUCUUAUAAGGCUAUUUCUAUUAACUGUCUUUACUGAGCAGAUAUCGGCCACCUCACGAUCCUCCUCUCCGCUGAACUACAGUGAAAUGACAUCGACAGAAUGGGACGCAGAGCCUACAGAACGCGAAGCCGCGGGAGUUCCUGGAAUGGAACCCGAUGGCGUCAUCGAGAGCAACUAUGAUGAGGUUGUAUCUUCAUUUGAUGACAUGUGCCUUCGCGAAGAGCUACUACGGGGUAUCUACGCCUACGGUUUCGAACGUCCGUCGGCCAUUCAACAGAGGGCAAUUCUGCCUUGUGUAAAAGGGAGAGACGUUAUCGCUCAAGCGCAAUCUGGAACCGGAAAAACUGCGACAUUUUCUAUCUCCAUUCUUCAACAAAUUGAUGUAGCUGAGCCUCAGUGUCAGGCUUUAAUACUUGCACCUACUCGAGAACUCGCUCAGCAAAUACAAAAGGUGGUGAUUGCGCUGGGCGACUACAUGAGUGCAAACUGUCAUGCUUGCAUCGGAGGCACGAAUGUCCGUGAAGAUAUGCGCAAACUGGAAAAAGAUCUUGUUCCUGCGAUACCGCUAUUAAAGGGCGUUCACGUGGUGGUCGGGACUCCAGGUCGUGUCUAUGACAUGAUUCAAAGACAGGCACUCCGAGCAGAUAAGAUUAAGAUGUUUGUGCUCGACGAAGCUGACGAAAUGCUCUCAAGAGGCUUCAAGGAUCAGAUUCAUGACGUCUUCAGACUGCUGCCUCACAAUAUACAGGUAAUCUUACUAUCAGCGACAAUGCCAGCAGACGUUUUAGAAGUAACAAAAUGCUUCAUGCGUGACCCUAUCCGCAUUCUUGUGAAACGUGAAGAGCUUACUCUAGAGGGUAUUAAACAGUUUUAUGUCGACGUGAACAAAGAAGACUGGAAGUUUGAUACAUUGACCGAUCUCUACGAGACGCUAACUAUUACGCAGGCUGUUAUAUUUUGUAAUACCAGGAGGAAGGUCGAUUGGCUAACCGAAAAGAUGACGGACCGCGACUUCACUGUCAGCGCCUUGCAUGGGGACAUGACACAGCAGGAACGUGACGUCAUUAUGAGAGCCUUCAGGUCCGGCUCGUCUCGCGUACUGAUCACAACAGAUCUUCUUGCACGAGGCAUCGAUGUACAACAGGUGUCGCUUGUAAUUAACUUUGAUCUACCCACAAACAGAGAAAACUACAUCCACAGAAUCGGACGUGGAGGACGUUUUGGCCGUAAAGGGGUAGCAAUCAAUUUAAUUACUGAGGACGACAAGCGAAUCCUUAAGGAUAUUGAGUCGUUUUACAAUACCGAGGUCGAGCAGAUGCCUACUAACGUUGCCGACCUUAUUUAGAUGAAGUAAAUAGUAAAAAUCGUGUAUAAAGGAAGAAUGAGUUUCACUCAUCACAAGACCUACGCACUACGAAGCGUAAAACGUAUAGGAAAACCAAUGAUUAGGCUGUAGUCGAUAAUUUAUGUGCGCGGAACGAAAGACAAGAAACAUGUUCUAAUAGAACAUAAUCACGGUACUAGUUAUAUAAAUGAAUGAAAAAAAAUCAUUGAGAAAAUCCGAGGCAAUUAAAAACACUUAGAUGGAUGUUGUUGAAUACUCUGCAUAGCAGUUGCAGAUCCUUUGCCGUUGAUUGAAAAAUCAUGGGCCCCUAGUGGUUACGUACUCUUCGCUGCAAAAUUUUAGCUUAUGACUCAAUUUGGCCUGUCUUUAGCCAUUUUGGGGGUAGCUAGCUUAAAUGCAAAUUGACCUUGGUAAGCAGUUAUGCGCCCAAGAUGAUCUCAUUUGAUGACCUGACGACGAGAAAAAUUAUCAUUUUUAAAUGCUCGAGAAUUUUUAUUAUGCAAGAUGUUCGUGUUCUCUAAUAGAAUUAUUAUUAUAACUAAUAUUAUUACUACCAUUAUUUAUUAAGGGAGAGUUUCGACGUCAAAGAUAUUUAUUCUUACCAUUAAGAUUUUACACUCAGGGAAAAACGACCGACAAACGAACCAGUCGGAGGUGAUUUGAUAUAUUAUAUGUAGUAAUAAUAAGAUGUGCAAAACCAAAAAAGAGAAAAAGUAUUUCUAGUAUUUUAAUCUGAACAUGUACGCAAAGAAGAUACGUAUGAUAGAUAAUAAUAAUUUUCUCUUUCUCCCCUUUUUUAACAAUAAUAAUAAUAAUAAAUAUAGUUGAAUAAUGUAUAAUCGACGAAAUUAUGUGACAAUAAUUAUAAACUAAUCAUAUUUGUGAAGUGGGAUAACAUGAGAAGUUGACCAAGCGGUAGGAAAGUCGAUCUCCGUUUUUUACAAAACAUUUUAAAUUCUUUAUGGUGAAGUUUUAAGAGGCAAUCUUAUUUUUCCCCACUUGCUUUGAGACAUAUUUUAUUUUAAACCGGUGAUGUUCUCGCUUAAGAGCGUCAAAACCAAAACCACAAUUUUGAAUAAUAAACAGUCAUUAUUCGUAAAUCCACGUGUCUAUCACGGAACAUGUGAUGUUCAUGAGCCUCUAUGUGUACCGACGAAUAAACUGGCGGAUUAUAUUGUUCAUUGAAAAUCAUGAUCAGCGGGCCGGCCAGCAGAGCUCUUAGUGUCGUUUUUUUUUGUUCUCGCUUGUGCCAUUGACGGCAUUUUUUUCGUUAACGAAAUAGUUACGUUAACGUUUACAUCGUCCCCUAGACACCGGUAAUGCUACAGAAAAUGAAGUAUAAAUUACAAUGGGAAUUCAGUUGUUGACUAAACAAACAACUAUCAUAUUUUAAUCGUUCUGGCUAUGAUCAAUCCAUAGUCUCAAUUUCAAAACAGCCAUGUGGCAUCAAACAGGACAGAACCUCAUCAGCAAAAAUCUAUUUGUCGGCUUUGUAGCAGCAUUAGUAUAAUCUAUAUAUGUGAAUACUGGAAUUUCGACUAAUUAGUCGAAACGUGCUUUCGUACUGAUGCGUUUGAAGUUAACUUGGAAUGCAACUGUUGUCUAACAAGGACUAUACCUAGUUAAUUUUUUUUCUGUAGUGUUAUAAAGAGUGCGAGUUAAGCAAAGUGAGUACACUGUUUCUUACCGUCGGUAACAAUACUUUUCUUCCGAUUUUACUACUAUUCACUAGACGAGCAGGCCAAUGCCAUAGGAAAAUAAGACAAAUAAAUAAUGAAUGUAGUUAAUAGAAAUGAACUUGUUGGAUCCUAUGAAAGACGCCAAAGAUGUUGAAAAAGCUUAUUUGUGUUCUGGUGAGAAUAUAUGUAAAUAGUAGUAUUCACAUAUACGUAUUAGUCGGCAAGGAAGAAUAUGACAAUGUAAUUGUUUCUAAGAAUAAUCCUCAUCCCACUCGGUCUUCCAAAAGAAAAGUUACUGCACCUGAUAGAUGACUAUGCUAACACAAAGGUCACACGCUUCGAAAUUGUAUGCUAUUUAUACCGUAAUACACUUCUUUAGUUGCAUAUUUGUCUACUUGUAUACAAAGCUAUUCUAUACAUACACAAGCUGGAACGAACAAACCCUGAAUUCCACAUAUAUAUACACAAAUCGAUAUGAAUAUACAAAUAUGAAUAAAAUAUACUCACACUGUGUAAAGCCACACCCUAAAUAAUUACAGAUAUGUAUUAAUAAAUAUAUAGUUAAUAAAGAU